CACACCCCAGAGCGAUGAAAAACAUCGCCACAAAGCGAGCUAAACCAUAGAGCCAAGAAGAGCUGACGAGCCCCCCGCGCCCGGGAAUCCAACGUCCGCGCGCCGUCUUAUAAUCGGGCCGUUCUCCGGGAGGUGGGACACGCAGGAAUCUGGACUUGUGAUAAAUGACUCUCCGAGGAUCGAUGCACGCGUUGCUGUACGUCCCGUUAAUAGCUCAAGUGCUGAGCGCUUUGGCCGAGGAGCCCGAUGUGUUUCAUCAUGUAUGUUCGGACGGAGGCUGCUAUCCCGCUACAGGAAACCUUCUCAUUGGGAGAGACAAGAAUCUCACCGCUACCUCCACCUGCGGGAUGGAAGGUCCUCAGGAAUACUGUAUUGUUAGCCAUCUCCAGGACUCCGAAAAAUGUUUCCUCUGUGACUCCCGAGCCCCCAACCGAAAGGAAAGCCACAGAAUCCAGAACGUUAUAUACCUAACCGGACCGGACGCAGAGAAGACGUGGUGGCAAUCAGAGAACGGCAUGGAGUCCGUGAGCAUUCGCCUAGACUUGGAGGCAGAAUUCCAUUUUACGCAUCUCAUCCUGAAAUUUAAGACCUUUCGCCCGGCCGCCAUGCUGAUAGAGAGGUCUGCUGAUUUUGGCCGCACCUGGAAGGUCUACCGUUACUUUUCAUACAACUGCACCAAGAUGUUCCCAGGAAUCCCCGUUCACGCGCUGCACAAAAUCGAUGACGUCAUUUGCGACCAACGCUACUCAGACAUUGAGCCGUCGAGUGAAGGAGAGGUGAUUUUCAAAGUGCUGGACCCAUCCAUUAAAGUAGAAGAUCCAUACAGUCUUGAAAUUCAAGAACUUCUUCAGAUUACAAACUUGCGAAUAAACUUCACCAAACUGCACACCCUCGGAGAUAACCUUUUGGACCAGCGAGCAGAAGUCCUCCAGAAGUAUUAUUACUCCGUGUACGAGCUGGUGGUCCGCGGGAGCUGUUUCUGCUAUGGACACGCUUCAGAAUGCUCUCCAGUUGAAGGGGUUGAAGCCCAAGCGGAAGGAAUGAUACAUGGAAGGUGUGUGUGCAAGCACCAUACUAAAGGCUUGAACUGUGAGAAGUGCCAAGAUUUCUAUCAUGAUCUCCCCUGGAGGCCAGCGGAAGCAAGCAACCCUCAUUCCUGCAAACAAUGUAACUGCAACAACCAUUCCAGAAAGUGUCACUUUGACAUGGCUGUGUUCCUGGCCACCGGCAGGGUGAGCGGCGGAGUGUGUGACGACUGCAAACACAACACGGUGGGGCGCAACUGCGAGCUCUGCAAACCUUUUUACUACCAGAACCCGCGGGCAGACAUUCGGGCAGAAAACGCCUGCAUUCCCUGCGACUGCGACCCCGUGGGUUCCUUGGACGGAGGAGUCUGCGACAGCCACACCAAUGUCAACCUGGGAAUGAUUGCCGGACAGUGUCGCUGCAAAGAGAAUGUCCGGGGGGAACGUUGCGACAGCUGCAAGGAAAGCUUCUACGGACUGAGCAGAAACGACCCUGCGGGGUGUCAGCCAUGCAGAUGCGACCCGCGCGGAAUCGUCCCUGGGAACAGCCCAUGUGACCACAUCAGCGGCGACUGUUACUGUAAGCGCUUUGUGACGGGACGAUAUUGUAACCAGUGCCUGGCGGAGUUUUGGGGACUCAGUAAUGACAUCACCGGAUGCCGUCCUUGCGACUGUGACUUCGGAGGCGCUUAUAACAACAGGUGUUCGUUUGAAGAUGGCCAAUGUGACUGUCGCUCGAACGUUAUCGGGCGUCAGUGUGACGAUGUACAGCCUGGGUACUUCUGUAUGCCGCUGGACUACUACACAUACGAAGCAGAAAAUGCCAAGGGCCUUUCACCCACCGACCCCAAUAACCCGGGCUCCCCGAAACCAGAAGCCCAGACAGAUUGUGUAGAAUAUUACAACGGCAUCCAGAACGGGAAGAAAGUGAGACUCCGUCGCCAGCGGAGGACCAUCCGCGUUCUUCAGCAGAGAGCGUCGCAGCGCCGCGCGCGACAGCUGCAACAGAAACCCGACGUGCAGAUAAUCCGCCGGGAACACUCGCCCGACCACAUGAUCACCUGGACCGGCCCUGGAUUUGCCAGAGUCAGAGAUGGAGCGGGAUUGUUGUUCCACAUCAGCAACAUCCCUUACCCUAUGGACUAUGACAUCAUGAUUCGAUAUGAGCCUGAGACGGCCGAGGAUUGGGAAGCCAUCGUCAGUGUGACAUCACAGAUAUUACCCAUGAGCUCACGUUGCGGCAACGUCCUACCGUCAGAGCAGAUGUACAAAGAAAAACUCCCGCAUACAGAGAGGUACUUGGUGCUGCCCAAACCCUUCUGCUUUGAAGCCAAUAACCAAUACGAAAUCAGCAUCCGUUUCCAGCGCUGGGGAGUCACCAACCGGCACCCGGGAGCUUUUAUCCUCAUUGACUCGCUGGUCCUUCUGCCGAGGGUAUCAGAGCUGCCUGGCUUCCAUGGGAAUGACCCGGUGUCCGUUCAUCACAGAGAGGAGAUGGAACGUUACAUGUGUCUGGAUUCUUUUAAGAUGGCCACCAUGCCGGUCCUCGCAGAGAUGUGCAUCAAGCUGAUCUGCAGUAUCUCGGCCAUCAUCCACGACGGAGCUCUGCCCUGUCUCUGUGACAUGCAAGGAUCGGUGAGUGCCGUGUGCGACAAGAUCGGAGGACAAUGCAAGUGCAAACCUAACGUGAUUGGCCAGCGCUGCGACCAAUGUGCUCCAGGGACAUACGGGUUUGGCCCAUAUGGAUGCAGCAAGUGUGAUUGCCACUCUCAGGGAUCCAUCUCUCGCUUCUGCAACCCCUUCACGGGGCAGUGUGAGUGCCAGAACAAUGUGUUUGGAAGACAGUGCGACCAAUGCACGCCCGGACAGUGGGGCUUCCCUAACUGUCGGCCUUGCCAGUGCAACGGCCACUCGGAGGAGUGCGACCCGAAGACUGGGACCUGUAUCGGCUGCCGAGAUUUCACCAGCGGUCGGCACUGCGACAAGUGUUUGGAUGGAUAUUACGGAGAUCCCAUUUUGGGCUCGGGACAGCAGUGCCGCCCCUGUCCUUGUCCCGGGUUUCCCGGCAGCCGGAAUUACCACGGCAGCUCAUGUUAUGCCGACAGAGAGUCCAACCACAUUGUGUGCCUCUGUGCACCCGGAUAUGCAGGCAUGCGGUGUGAUCGUUGCUCUUCUGGGUAUUUUGGAAAUCCAGACCAAGAAGGUGGAGAAUGUCGACCUUGUCAGUGUAACAAUAACAUCGACCCCACAGACCCGGAGUCCUGUGACUCUCGCACCGGCGCCUGCCUAAAGUGCCUUUACAACACGCAAGGGUCCAACUGCGGCGAAUGCAAGGCUGGGUAUUUUGGCAGCGCUGUGCAGCGUAACUGCCGACGCUGCACCUGCAAUGAUCUGGGCACUCUACAAUCCAGCUGUUUCGGAGACAUCUGUCAUUGCAACAAAGUGACCGGGCAUUGCCCGUGCCGGGCUAACGUGCUGGGGAAGAACUGUGAUCAGUGCGCACCCAACUUCUGGAACUUCGGCGGGGUAUCAGGGUGCGAGCCGUGUGGCUGCGACCCCACGCAUUCCAUCAGGCAGGACUGCAACAAGUUCACGGGACAGUGUCAUUGCCAACCUGGAUUCGGGGGCAGAGUUUGCUCGAGUUGCCAGCAAAACUUUUGGGGCGACCCCCGGAGGAAGUGUGAAGCUUGUAACUGUGACCAGUAUGGCUCGGAGAUAUCGCAGUGUGACCAUCUUACCGGCAAAUGCGUCUGUCGAGAGGGCUUCGCCGGGCAGCGGUGUGAUCAGUGCGAUAGAGGAUUUAAGGACAAUUUCCCCAGGUGCUCGCCGUGCCACCAGUGUUUCGCCCAGUGGGACCUCAUCAUCGCUCAGCUUCGGAAUCAGCUCCGUGGUAUCCAGCAGAAAGUGUCCAACCUCACGGAACUUGGCGAAGCUCCUCAGAUCAGCAAUAGUCAAAUCAGGGAAUUGGAGGACAGACUGAGGAGUAUCAAAGAGCUCAUUGAGGAUGGAGGAAUCGAGGGAACCCGCAUGGUGGAGCAAAUGAACAAACUGGUGAACAGAAUAAGGACCGAAGUGGCCCAACUCUCGUAUCAGCUCCAUUCUCAGGAAAAGCGGAUGAACGAGACCCUAGGGAAGGACAGAAAACAAAAUAGAAAGCUGGACAGUCUGAUAUUAGAGAUUACCCAAGUUAACGAGACAGUCUUUUUACUGAAGACACAGAUAGAGGCCAUAGCAGCAGCCGGAUUCAAUGAGUCAUAUAGCAGCAUUCUAAAAUCCUACCUGGAUUCCGUGGCUGCUGAGAGAACCGCCAAUGGCUCCGUAUCUGGACCCGACAGUCCUGUCUUCCAGUCCCAGCAAACCCGGCUAGAGACCGAGAAGCUUCUGAAGGAGAGCUUGGACGCCUAUCGACGGAGCAUGGCGGCACAGAGGAGUUCCCUGAAGGAGCUCGAGAAGAAGGUCCAGAGUCUCAGUGUCACAAAAAUCAACGAGAAGAUAUGUGGUACACCGGGUGAUGAGCCAUGUGCUCAGGCAGCUUGCGGUGGUGCCAACUGCCGAGAUGAUGAAGGCCGAUUAAAAUGUGGUGGGGAGGGCUGUAACGGAGCCGUACCUGUCUCCACCAAGGCUCUUAAAACGGCACAAAAUGUGUCUGUUGAGUUGGAAAACAUGGCUAACCAGCUCAUGGAUAUAGCCCAGAAGAUCCAGGAAGUUCAAGGAAUAGCACAAGACGUGAAGGCCCAAAGUGAGUUGACUUUGGACAAAGCCAAGGAUUCCAAACGCCGCAUAGAAGAUUCCACGGAAAAACUGCGCAAAUUCAUCAGGAGAAUUAAAGAUUUUCUAAUGGAGGAAGGUGCUGAUCCAGAAAGCAUUGAACUGGUAGCCAGGCAGGUCCUCGGCAUCUCAUUGCCGGCCAGCCCUGGUGACAUCACCAAACUUUUGACUCAGAUCAAGGACAGUAUUGGGAACCUCAGCUGCGUCGAUACCAUUCUCAACAACACUUCGGAGAGCCUGGCCGGCGUCAGGGAACUGCUAAACCAAGCCAUAAGCGCUGAAAAAGACGCAGAAGCUGUGAACGGAAAAGUCACAGACGCCAAAAUGCUUCUGGAAGAUGCGGACGGCAAAGCCAAGGCUGCGGAGAAGGCUUUGAAGAAGGCGAAACAGAAUGUUAAAGGACUGAAGACCACGGUGGAUGAAUCAAUCAGCAAAAUAAAGGAAAUCGAACAAAAUGAGAUGGGGAUCAUGAAUCGCUUGGCAAAUCUCUCCAGCAAUGUUGAGAAAUUGGUGGCGAAGGUGGAUUCCAAUAGGAAGAUGGCUACCGAGGCGAAGGACAAGGCCACCACAGCUCUGUCCACCACCGGGGAGCUGAAUAAGGACAUGGACAAAGUAAAAAAGAAAUACGCUGAACUGAAGAACAAGGUUGGGAGUAUAGACACCUCAUCUGGAAGUACCAUGGAUAGAGUCCAAAAGAUAAAAGAAGAAGCUAAGAAUCUACUAAAGAAAGCAACAGAUGCCAAGAAGAAGUUAGACGGUCUCGACGAAAAGUUCAAGGCCAACGAAGAAGAAAUGAAGAUGAAAAUGAUUGAAUUAAGGGGAUUGGAGAACAAGACCACGGAUCUGCUGAACGAAAUCCGAGACCAGUCCAACGUGUAUGCUACCUGCUAACGCCUCGCUCGGUCCGGUUGUCUGCAGGAGAAUGGGAACAUUUCUGGUAUUAAGGACCGCAAUCUGCAAAUUAUCCCAACAUUAUCGCAAAACAAAAUUGGGUUUAAGACUUAUUUUAUGAAUAAAGAAUAAGCUAUUCUAACAAAUUGGGGUUUAAGGGUUUUUUUCGCAGUCUAAAAGUCAACCUAAACCAUUAAGUGUUGAGUCCCUUCCAGCAACUAUUCCAUUCCUCCUACAACAACACCAAAAAGUUACUCUUUCUAGAAUUAGAAUGUUUUUGUAUAACUACUGAGAUUCUAUGGUGCUGUACGGGAGGUCACCGUUGGGGUACUUUUGGUGACUAUGACAGGUAUUUUUACUCCAAUAGAUAUGGAUUCCUAUCUCCUGGUAAAGGACGGGGGCUUUUAGAUGCUUUUUGAAAGGAAGGCAUCCGUAGACAUGCACUACAAGCUCAAUUUAUAUAGCAUGAGCAGCCAUCUCCCUAAUACCGUGACAGCAUUAAAUACAAGGUUUGAUGUAUCCGCAUUUUAAUAAAGAGGAAUCUAAUA